AUGGCAGCCUCGUUCUCGGACUUCAAUAACUUCAAGCUGCCGGCCGAGUUCCACACGGACGGCCUUGUGGUACACGGCGAGGCUGCGAGAUGGAAGCAAGUGAGAAGGAUUGGUAGCGGAGCAUAUGGAAGCGUGUAUCUGCAAAAGAAAGAAUGUGAGCAAAAGCUUGAUGAGGAGGAUGCGUUUAUGUCGAUUGCCGGUCACGUGAGGGCUGUCAAACGAGUACCUUUGAACUUCUUGCCCAAGGAGGGCCCCUCUCAAGAAUUGCUUGCUCUCUUGAGGUUGACAAAUUAUAGUACACACUUCGUCAAGUUUUUGGGUUGGUACGACAAUUCGGAGUACAUCUUCUACGCUAUGGAGUACAUCAAGGACGGAGACUUGCAUUCUUACAUGACCCAAAACCGAGCCGGAGCGAUGGAAGAUGCAAAAGAGAUUACCAGGCAAAUAUUAGAAGGACUUGUGGUCCUCCAAAAAGAAGGAAUUUGUCAUCGAGAUUUAAAACCUCAGAAUAUUCUGAUUGCUUCUCUCGAGCCUAUUUGGUCAGGGCACGGAUGGAUACCGCGCUCCGGAAUUACUCCAUUUUCUCCCUAG